AUGCGAAGCCAGGACGGUCAAGUACGAUCUGUCAAAUUACAGCUACCUAACAGACACAUUCUACAUCGACGAAAAUCUAUCCUCAGAAGCACACCACUCAACGACAAUGCUAAUGUGGAAACACAAGAGAAUGCUCCAGUAACAGCUACAAGACCUACACGGCAAGCUAGAAUAAGAGCUAUACAAGCGAUUCAAGAUGCGGCAAAUGCAACACAAGGCGCUCUAAACUGCCUCAAUGGAUUGGUGAAUGUAACUUCACCGAAGGAGCAGUUCGAGCUUUGCAUUUGUGAAAGGUGCAAAACUUAUGCAAAAACAGCUCUGACCUAUUACUUCGUUUACCGCACACGUCACAAGCAAAUAAAAUUAGCAUAUCCAUGA